AUGUCCUCCCAACAGCAAAGCGAAGUGGAUUAUGAAAAACAAUUCCAGGAAGAUUUGGCCAAAGCCACAGCCUUAAGUUUAGAACAAGAAGCUCUGGAUGAAUAUAAUCGGGCGAAAAAAUAUGGCAGUGCCUAUGUCCAAUCGGCACAACAGGAGUCGAAGAAUAAGUUAUAUUCUCAGCUGAGGCGACAACAGUAUGCCCGUACCUCGUCGUCGGGUGGGGACAAUAAUUAUUCCGCAUCUCAACAUGCCACCUCAUUGGCCCUGCCGAAAUUACAACAAACACCUCAACGUCGUCAUUCCGAAGCCAAUAAUCACAAUACUUCUUCCGCGGGAGCAUCAACAUAUUCCACGGCUCAUGAUGUGAUGGAGCGAUCCAAAACGCCACCGGCGGCCUCCUCCUCAGCUUUGGAAAAUGAUUUAAUCAAUUUUGCCAGUCCUACCUCAAAAAAUCCGGAAAAUUCCUCAUUUGAGAAAUUAAUUGAAGAUCUGCAAAAAUUGCAGACAACAAAUCCGCAAACGGCCCUGGUGCCACUGGGACCGACAGCAGCAGCGCCCAUGUAUGCGGCAGCAGGACCACCACAUCCAACAGCAACAUAUCAUCCUCAUCAUACAGGGCCAGGAGGACAAAAUCUCUACCCCGUUGCUGCUGCGGCUGCUGGUAGUGCAGCAGCUGUUCCAGCCCCCUCGAUACAUCAAUAUAAUUCCGCUGUCGGUGGUAUGCAAUUGGUACCAUUUGUGCCCAGUGCCCAGCAACAGCAAAAGGUCCCCCUCACCAAUGAUGAGCUGACCAAAUUGUAUAGCAUGUCGGCUCCACAUAGUGCUCCCGUCUAUGGCCACACACGGCCACCGGCAAUGGGUUUUAUAGCUCCACCCCAAUCCGGCUAUUAUACACCACCACCAACAAUGAUGAUGGCUGGGGGUGCCCCGCUGCAUUAUCCCACACAUCCCUACGGAUUUCAAUUUCAACCCAUGGCGACGGCGGGUCAACCCUAUUAUGCGGCAUCAUCAGCUGCAGCAGGAAAUUCCUUCAAUACAUCUAUGGCCGCCGGGACUGCGGGUGGUGUAAAUAUGAAACCUCCAUCUCAAGCAUUUCCCCAGCAUCCCAAUAGCUUUAAUCCGCAACAACAACAUUCCUCGGCCCUGAUUCACUCCAUGGCUACCAACUCCGUCAACACCAAUUCUGCCUCGUCCCUCAAUGCUGCUGCUGGUGCCGCUGCAUCAUCAUCCUCCGCUUCCUCCCUUGCUGGUGCUCAAUCGAAUGGCGGCCUCAAUAAUUCAAGACGUCAAACACCGCCAGCUCGUAAAAUGUCACGGGUUCCGGGUUCGGAUUUAAUCGAUUUAUCCCAUGAAGAUGAUUCCCGUGUUAGCGUUUUGGAAGCCUUCGAUCCAUUGUUAAAUGAAAAUAGUGAUGGCGAUGAUGAUGCCUCCGAUUGUACCUCCUUUUAUGCGGAAUAUGAUCCAUUCGAUUAUCUCUAUAGUGGUGGCAGUACACAGUGUUCGGAUCCAGUCUAUGAGGCGGUGAAUAAAUUUGAUAAAACAGCAACCGGAUCGAUUGGUAAGUUGGUUACUAUUUUUUUUAAUAAACAAAUAAAAUUCACCCCCUCUCUCUCUUUUCUAGGUUGGCGCCGUGAUUACAGUCCCUCAGAGUAUCCGGCACGUGAUGUAGAUCUACAAUCGACCUAUUCAUUGGCCUCUCAAACACAAUCUCAUUCUCAUUCCCAUUCUCCGCCACCACCAUUGCCACCCCGCAACAGCGGUGGUGGCAACAGUAUUGCCUCAUUCAAUACCUUUGCCCGGGAUAUAAUAACAAAUGAAAAUUAUGCACCCGCUGUAUUGGGUGGCAGCCAUGUUUUGGAUAGACGAAAAACUUAUUCUCGCCUCUAUGACAUGGUCACCGAUCAGCGGACAAUUGAUCCGGAAUUGCUAGAUUUUUAUUAUAUGGUUAAGGAGUUGCGUCAAAAUUAUCCCUACAAUGAUGCCGCAACGAAUGUGGGUCACAUAAUUGCCUCGGAAUUUAAUUAUCUAUUUCCACCGGAUACCAGUAUAAAAAUUCUGGUGCAUCCAGCACUGAAUGCCCUGGAGUCGCAUGUACCAGCUGCCACACUGAAUGGUGGACAAUUUAAGGGUUAUGGGUCGCCGGUGGUCUUCACCUGUAACAUUGACACUCCCGUUGAAUUGGUCAUCAGCCAGGCCUACUGUUCGCUGGAGGGCCAGAUAAGGGGUUCCGUGGAUGAUUAUGCCAUUAAGCCAAUUGGUGUUUCGGAAUGGUUGGCGAAUACCUCAAAACUAAGUCAAUUGGAAUAUGUCCAUAAUUGUUUCAAAUUGGAAAAGGAUGUCCAAUUGGGACUGUGGCUGAAGAGCCGUGAAAAUAUGCAGGUCAUUGCCCGUACCCAACGUGAUGAUAUGAACGAUAUGGAUUUGAGGCCAGAGGAUGUGCUGCCCAACGAAUCGGCCACCACAAUUACCUAUGAUAAUAUGAUGAUUUUGAUAGAAACCCUUGAAAACGAAAUCGAUAAAUUACAAUCAGCAGCCAGUGAUAAUACCUCACGCAGUGUCUUAUCUUGUUCCGGUGUGGUCCAAGGUGUUAAAGCGAUUUGUGCCUUAUUGGGUUCCAUUGAUACCCUGGAGUUGGCGGAAUGUGUUGAUCAGCUCAAACACAUUUGUGAAGAGAGUCAAAUUAAAUAUACCUCCAAUGUGGGAAAUCCUGAAAUUGUUCAGGAUUGUGGAGAUUAUGCUGAGGUGUGUCUGAGGCCUCGUUCGAAUUUGGAACAAAUCAAAUUGAAAUGCAAUAAGCUGCGGGAAGCUGUACAGGAGCUAAUCGAAUUGUACUCUAAUGUUUUUCGGGUGGGAUUUUCGGUGAAGACCAUCGAUUAUUCGAUAACCCCUAUCCAUGUCUCUUGUGUCUCAAAACCCGUUGUGGUCAGCAUCAAUUGCCUGCAUCGUCCACCACCUUUGUGGAAAUAUGAUAGCUAUUCUCUGGGGGUCCACAUAAAUUAUGGCACCCGUUUCAUCUCGGAACCUGUGGUCACAAAGUGUUCCAAUGAUACUUCCGGAGGUCUUUUUGCCCGUUUAAAUUUCUCCUCAUGGCUGACAUUUGAUAAAAAUCCCAUUUGUACUUUACCCCGAGAGUCUCGUCUGAUAUUCGUUCUCUAUGGUACCCAGUUGGCGGAGAAUGAACCCAAUACGAAUAAUGAAAAUGAUGAGAAACGUCAGGUGACCACCGAAUUGGGUUGGUGUGCAAUACAAUUGUUCGAUUAUAAACGUGAAAUGAUAUGUGGUCCAUAUCUACUCUCCAUGUGGCCAGCAACGGCUGAUAAAUUUCUGGGUCCAGCUCCAGCCAAGGGUUGUCAUCCUCAUCCAGAUUAUUGUCCGGUUUUGAGUAUUGAAAUACCACCAUAUGGUGGUAGAAUACAAUUCCCUGAACCUUUGGAAAAUCCAGCACCGGCACCAAGAUACGAUUUCAAUUCCUUGGACACAAAUUUACAACAAGAGCUAUUGGAUACCGCCGAACAGGGUUAUCCGGGAGCCAGUGAUAAACGUGAGGUAUUCUGGGAGAAACGUUUGUAUCUGCAAAAUUAUCCUCACGCCCUGCCCAAGGUUUUACACGCGGCCCACAGUUGGGAUUAUGCCAGCCUCAUGGAUUUACAUUCGCUACUCUAUUCAUGGUCCCCACUAUCACCUCUACAAGCCUUGGAACUACUAUUACCACGCUACCCCGAUGCCAAGGUACGGCAAAAAGCCGUAGAAUGGAUAUCGAAGCUGUCCAAUGAUCAGUUGGUGGAUUAUUUGCCUCAGCUAAUACAGGCUCUAAAACAUGAUACCUAUGAGGCAUCGGCCAUGGCUCGUUUCCUGCUGUGUAAAUCAUUAGAAUCGCCUCGCAUUGCCCAUCAUAUGUAUUGGUUGUUGGUACACAGUUUACCCGGUGAUGAUCCACAAAAUUCCAUUGACUCCUCAUCGGCCAGUGCGGCAGAAAUUGAUGAGUCGCUGGUGACACAGGCCCGAUAUCAUCGUCGCAAUAAAAUGAUGUUGCGAGCUCUGCUGGCCAUUUGUGGGGAAAAAUUGUCGGAGAGGUUCCUGCUGCAGAAUCUUAUGUGUAGGAACCUUGCCAACAUUGCCGAAAAUGUCAAGGAGGCCCGAGAAGCUUUACGCCAAAAGUUCUUGUGUGCCGGCAUGGAUGAAUUGAAUCAGGAGCUAUUGGAUAAACAUACCUCAUUGCCUUUGGGUCCAGAGCUGGAAGUUAGCGGGGUAAAUGUACGCAAUUGCAGCUACUUUAACUCCAACACCUUGCCGUUGAAAAUCUCCUUUGUCGGACCCGAUGCGGAGCCGUUACCGGCCAUCUUUAAGUCUGGCGAUGAUCUGCAGCAGGAUAUGCUGACCAUUCAACUGAUCCGUGCCAUGAAUAAAAUGUGGCUGGCUGAUGGUUUGGAUCUGCAAAUUGUCACCUUUAAAUGUGUACCCACCGGCUAUAAAAAGGGUAUGAUUGAAAUGGUAUCCGAUGCCGAGACGCUAAGGAAAAUCCAGGUGGAAUAUGGUUUAACGGGUUCAUUUAAAGAUCGACCCAUUGCCGAAUGGCUGGCCAAACAAAAUCCCAGUCAAUUGGAAUAUCAAAGGGCUGUGAAGAAUUUUACGGCAUCCUGUGCUGGCUAUUGUGUAGCCACCUAUAUUUUGGGCAUUUGUGAUAGACAUAAUGACAAUAUUAUGCUGAAAACUUCCGGUCAUUUGUUUCACAUCGAUUUUGGUAAAUUUUUGGGUGAUGCCCAAAUGUUUGGCAAUUUCAAGAGAGACCGCACGCCCUUUGUUCUUACCUCGGACAUGGCCUAUGUCAUUAAUAACGGUGAUAAAUCCUCAACAGAUUUCCAUCAUUUUGUGGACUUGUGUUGUCGUGCCUUUAAUAUUAUACGCAAACACGGAGAUCUGCUGUUACAUAUGCUGGCUCUGAUGGCCACUGCCGGUAUACCGGGUGUAACCGCGGAUGCUGUUACCUAUGUACGCAAAGCUCUAUUACCCUCCCAAUCGAACCCUGAGGCAGCAGCCUCAUUUGCCAAAAUGAUACAAUUUUCACUGAAAAGUUGGUUCACCCAAUUCAAUUUCUUUUUGCACAAUUUAGCACAAAUGCGGUUUAGCAAUGAUGAGGGUAACGGAGAGCUACUCUCUUUUGUUCCUAGGAAAUAUACAAUGCAGCAGGAUGGCCGCUUAAAAAGUGUCAUGGUUGUCCGCUGUCAAAAACACUACGAUAUGGAAAAAUAUUAUACCUAUAUACUGCAAGUAACCCGCCACGGUCAAAAGGAUCCUACACAUCUGUUUCGUUCAUAUAAAGAAUUUACAGAAUUUCAUCAGAAGCUGUGUCUGCAUUUUCCAUUGGCUAAAUUGCAUAGUUUACCCAGCGGCAUGCAUGUGGGCCGGUCCAAUGUUAAAUCGGUUGCCGAAAGGCGUCUACCGGAAAUCCGACAGUUCCUAAUCUCAUUAUUCAAUUCAGCCGAUGAAAUUGCCCAUUCGGAUUUGGUAUACACCUUCUUCCAUCCACUGCUGAGAGAUCAAAAAGAGGCUAAUCUAAAUAUGUCGAAGGUUAAGGAGAUCAAACCCCAAACAUCACGCGAACAACCUAAUGAGGUGGGCCAACUCAAACUAUCCAUGCAAUAUCGAAGAGAAGUUUUGACUGUUAUGAUACAUCACGCCAAGGGCCUGCCCUUGCUGGCCGGUGGCCAGGAGCCCAAUACCUAUGUCAAAUGCUAUCUGAAACCGGACGACAAAAAGGCCACCAAGCGUAAGACGAAGGUGGUGCGUAAAACUUGUGUUCCCAGUUAUAUGGAAACGUUGGAAUAUCGCAUGCCUCUGGAGAUUAUACAAAAUCGUGAAUUACAUGUCACCGUAUGGUCCCAUGAUACCCUGCAGGAAAACGAGCUGCUAGGUGGCUUUAAAAUCGAUUUGCGUAAAUAUGAUUUACGUAAAGAAAUUAUUGAAUGGUAUCGCCUUGGCACCAUGUCGCGACACUGACACCGGCCUCAUGAACACCU